UCUCAACAAACAAACACACUUUAUUGCUCUGUAAAACCUUUUUGUGUUUUUCAACGCUCAAUUUUCUCUUUCUCUCCCCUCCAAACCAAACGAAGGAAAAGAGGGGGGCAGCAUCAACACUCAUUCCUUCCAGAGGCUGGAAUGUAAGAGCGACAAUCUGUGUCUUGAGUUUUUCUGUUUUCGUGAAAUGGCUACUGGGAGCUUUGGAAAUUACAAGAAUGGAACUAACAGGGGUUCUCUCAAGGCAACAGCAGCAGAUAGACCCUUCUCUGUGAACUCAAAUCCUUCAACAAAGGCUGCAUUGAGAAACAAGCCGCCUUCUGCUGCUGCUUCUUCUGGCCUCCGCAAGAGCAGCCCUGGCGCCCUUGCCGGCUCAACCGGAGCCGCCGCCAAAGAUGACGCUGGAGUUCCUGGGAGAGUUCGAGUUGCAGUAAGAUUGCGCCCUCGUAAUGCUGAGGAGUUGGUGGCUGAUGCUGAUUUUGCUGAUUGUGUAGAAUUGCAGCCAGAGGUUAAAAGGUUAAAACUUCGGAAAAACAAUUGGGAUUCAGACACUUAUGAGUUUGAUGAAGUUCUCACCGAGUUUGCAUCACAAAAGCGUGUUUAUGAAGUUGUUGCAAAGCCUGUUGUGGAGAGUGUUUUGGAUGGUUACAAUGGGACAGUCAUGGCAUAUGGACAGACUGGUACUGGUAAGACAUACACUCUUGGACAACUUGGAGAGGAAGAUACAGCUGACCGUGGAAUAAUGGUCCGUGCAAUGGAGGAUAUUUUAGCAGAUAUUUCUCUCGAUAAUGAUUCAAUCUCGGUUUCCUAUCUGCAGCUCUAUAUGGAAACUAUACAGGAUCUUCUUGAUCCUACUAAUGAUAACAUUUCCAUUGUGGAAGAUCACAAAACUGGAGAUGUUUCACUCCCUGGGGCUACCAUAGUAGAAAUAAGAGAUCAGCAGAGUUUUUUGGAAUUAUUACAAUUAGGAGAAGCUCAUCGCUUUGCUGCCAACACAAGAUUGAAUACAGAAUCUUCUCGUAGUCAUGCUAUCUUGAUGGUUCAGGUCAAGAGAUCUGUCAAGGGAAGAGAACAAGGUCUAUCAGGUGAAAAUGGUAACAGUUCCAAUAUGGUUAAAUCUCUUAAGCCUCCCAUUAUUCGGAAGGGCAAGCUAGUUGUUGUAGAUCUUGCUGGUUCUGAACGCAUUGACAAGUCAGGGAGUGAAGGGCACACAUUAGAGGAAGCCAAAUCUAUCAAUCUCUCUCUGAGUGCUCUAGGGAAGUGCAUUAAUGCAUUGGCAGAGAAUAGUUCUCAUGUCCCAGUUCGUGAUUCAAAGCUCACGAGGUUGCUUCGUGAUUCUUUUGGAGGCAGUGCAAGAACAUCAUUGGUUAUAACCAUCGGUCCAUCUCCUCGUCAUCGUGGAGAAACUGCCAGUACAAUAAUGUUUGGACAGAGGGCCAUGAGGGUAGAGAACAUGUUGAAACUAAAGGAAGAAUUUGAUUACAAAAGUUUGGCUAGAAGGCUAGACAUACAGUUAGACAAACUGCUUAUGGAGCAUGAGAGGAAGCAGAAAGCAUUUGAAGAUGAAAUUGAACGAAUAAACACAGAAGCAAAAAACCAAAUUUCUGAGGCUGAAAGAAACUAUGCAGAUGCGUUGGAGAGGGAAAGAUUGAAGUAUCAGAAAGACUACAUGGAGUCAAUAAAAAAGCUAGAGGAGAAAUGGAUGAUGAAUCAGCAAAAGCAGAGCAGUGAACGAAAGAUUGUUGGGCUCCAAGAUAGUAAUGAUAUAAGUUCCAAUGGAAAGGAUCACGCAGCUGCUGAAGUCACAGAAAUGAAAAGGUUACUUCAGAAAGAAACUUCACUAAGGAAGGCUGCUGAAGAGGAAGUCAAUAAUCUUAAAAAUCAAAUAGCUGAAAUGAAAAAGUCAGAGGGAUCAGAAACUUCAGAGAUGUUAAAACUUAGAAGGAUGCUGGAAGAUGAGGCAUGUCAAAAAGAGAAACUUGAAAGGGAAAUAGCAAUGCUGCAGAGUCAGUUAUUGCAACUAAGUUUUGAAGCUGAUGAGACUCGAAGAAGGCUUGACAGAGGUGGGUCUGGGAAAAUUUCUGGUGGUCUAGACUCUCUCAAUUCUCAAGUUAGGCAUUCACAGCCCAGAGAUACAGGAAAUGGAGAUAAGACCUCAAUAGCCAAACUCUUUGAACAAGUGGGAUUGCAAAAGAUCUUAUCAUUACUUGAAGCAGAAGAUGCUGAUGUGCGGAUCCAUGCUGUGAAAGUGGUAGCGAACCUAGCUGCUGAAGAGGCAAAUCAGCAGAAGAUUGUAGAAGCUGGUGGUCUUACAUCCUUGCUGAUGCUGCUUAGAAGCUCUGAGGAUGAGACCAUACAUAGGGUGGCAGCAGGUGCCAUUGCCAAUCUUGCAAUGAAUGAAACCAAUCAAGAACUCAUAAUGGAAAAAGGGGGCAUUAGUUUGUUGUCAAUUACAGCUGCCCAUGCUGAAGAUCCUCAAACCCUGAGGAUGGUUGCUGGAGCCAUAGCUAAUCUCUGUGGAAAUGAUAAGCUGCAAACAAAACUAAGAGAUGAAGGUGGUAUUAAGGCUUUGCUGGGAAUGGUCAGAUGUGGACACCCUGACGUUCUUGCACAGGUUGCUCGUGGAAUAGCAAACUUCGCUAAAUGUGAAUCAAGGGCAUCAACUCAAGGAACUAAAACUGGAAGGUCUCUUCUUAUCGAGGAUGGAGCACUUCCAUGGAUUGUACAGAAUGCCAAUAAUGAAGCCUCUCCAAUCCGGCGACAUAUUGAGCUUGCACUCUGCCACUUAGCUCAACAUGAAGUGAAUGCAAGAGACAUGAUCAGCGGAGGUGCAUUGUGGGAACUGGUGCGCAUCUCACGAGACUGUUCACGGGAAGACAUAAGGACUCUUGCACAUAGGACUCUUGCUGCAAGCCCCGCCUUCACAGCAGAGUUGAGGCGACUACGAAUAGACUAUUGAUGAAAUUGCAAGAAAAUAAGCCUAAAGGUCCAUUUCAACUUGUAAACCAGGGUUGAGGAUCAUAGUUUCCUCGGCUAAGCAAACAAGAGUGUUUGCGGCAGUGUUCCUGUGAUCGUUUUGCCAUGAAGUAGUCUGCUCAACAUUUGUAGUUGAUUACGCGUAGAAUGUCUAAUUUAUUAGUCAAUUUGUUAUUAUGUAAUCUACAUAGAGUAUUUUUCAUGAAACCUGCUGCAGUUUCUAAUUUUGUAUAUAACUUUGUAUAUGAAAUGAAUUUUGAAGUGACUA